AUGAUGUCAGUUCCCAUGACGACAAACGAGUGUUCGCUGGUGUGGAAGUUCUUGUGCGACUGGGUGAAGACCCAGCUUGCAAUGGAAGUGCCUGCUUCAAUUCCCGGCUUCGGAACGUUCUAUCUGCGAGUUCAGCCUUUGGGCAUUCGCAUCACUUUAUUCGAGCCUGACAAGCAGUUCCUUAGCAAGUUUAGUAUCCAGGUCGUCUCGGAAGUACCUGACCCAGCGCUGGCUGCGACUCUAUCCUCCACUACGUCUAGAUCCGAUUUAGCAGUGCCCACUGGUGGACGGAACAGAGCUGCCAGUCUAGUCGGGCUAGGAGAAGUCUUUGCAUUCAGCUUCGUGGAGAUGGCGUCCUGUUGCGGAAGUUCCGUUGACGCAGCACGAGCUCAAGAGUGGUUGGCGGUAGUGAUUCACAAGCUGGGGACCGCUAUGAAUCAAUGCAGCAGAGUGGAGCUGAACAUUGGUGUCGGAGUCAUUGUAUGCACAAACCGCGUUAUCCAGCGUCAUCUGCUCCCGCGUGACUCGCGCCCUUCUCCACGGUUUGAGUACGAAGUCCGCACAGGAGAGAGUGUUGUCAAGCGAAACUUGCGAGCUCAAGCCGGCCUAAAAUCCGUUCCAACACCACAAGCAAAAUAUUCUUUUCUGUCAGGAUCGAACUUUUCUCCGUCGAUCCAGCUAAAUCCCGUUCUUGACCGUUCGAAGGAGACCCCAGACUUUUCGUUUGGACCCCCUCUCCGACCACCAGCAUCAUCUUUUGCGUCAAUUGCGUUAGAAAACAAGUCGUCUCCUCGCUCGGCACAGCUCCAAAAGCGCUACCAGAGGUCACCAAGCCCAUUAGCCAGCCGUAUCAGCAAGCCUGCGCCACCACCGCAAGAAUUGUCCGAAGAAAGAGGCAUUGGAGACGUCACGGCAACGAUGCACGAUCAAACGGAUGAGAACCGUGUUCCACAGCUCUUUGAUCGACUGAGCCGUACACUUUGUGUCGAACCUGACCAAAAUGUGUCCUGCUUACUCCCUUCGAAUCGAAUUGGAUCCAAUUUCACCGAGACUGCGGCAUUUCUGAUGACGGAGAAAUCUGCGUCCCAGUUCGGUUACCCGGGUCAGCUGACGGGGGGAUUGGUGUUCGUUGAGAGACCAGCCACCAGGCCGUUGCAGACAAAGCGAAGGAAAGAAACAGUCUCAGAUCCGACAUCAGAACAGCGCUACUUUGAGUAUUUAACCGACGACAAGCUCAUCGACCGCUGUUACCUCGCGCCGCUUCCAACCGAUCUAGAGACACGAGUAGUGUCUUCCGCUGUGAAGUACGUCAUCGGCCCGUCGAGUGAACAUAUCAAGAAAGUCAUGGAAGCGGCUCACCAGGAGUUCGUCCACAAUUAUUGCGCGAGUGCCAAGAAGGCCAUUCUCAACUAUUUGCUCAUGCGCACGACAUCGUGUGAGCGUCUCGGUAUUCCACAAGGAGUUCCUGUUCACGCUCUUCUCCCGUCAAAGUGGAAAUGGGGGAGUAGUGAUGGACCCAACGGCUGCAUUGGUGACUUAAAAGCUCUGCGUGUGCACACAAAGCUGAUGUCUUUGUUGGUUCUAUCAAACCCGCCGGUUCGCGCGCUUCGGUAUAUGUGGCACGAUUUACAUAACUCAAUCUCGCUCGUGGAUCUGCCCAGUGCGCAGGGCCUCAGUGAUGCCAUUGAGCCGAUGGAUAUCAUCGAGUUCGAACGAGUCCAAUUCGCCUAUUCCGCCAAAAUGAAAGCUUUCGUGAUGGAAAAUUGGUACACCAAAACCAAAAUGAUGUUCGAGAGUGCAAUCCGAGCCGAGACGUUUUCAAUUCACACGUCUGAAGCAGCAGUGAACUUCCGCUUGCGUCACCUGUUUGAUACGGUAGCAGCCGUCAUGUCACUUCAGAUCCGGUCGCUUAUCAUGAAGUCCAUCCAAGCUUACGUCGAGUUUUUCGAGCUGUUCGGAGGAAUGAAUGAAGAAACCCAAGACAGCAGUGACUCCAACCUACGAGUGCAGGGCCGACCAGCGUAUUCCGGUUUGCUAACCACUCUGAUUUUGCAGGAUGGUCAAAUUCAAUUUCGUGACCCUUUGGUGGAUAUACCAAGUCGUCUGCUGAAUGUUCUUCACAACAUACCCAAGCUGUUUUACAACCUUGGUCGCAUAGAGACACAGUUUGAUGAGCCACUGGUACUGCCUAAUUCCUCGUCGCCGUUCUUGUGGAAUGUCGCGUCACAAGAAGAUGACAUCGUGGUGGCAACAAUUCGAAUUCGCGCAAUCAUCGAGCAGAAUGUACUGCACUUGCGAAAAUUGCAGACUGACUAUGACGUUUUCGCGCUAACGCAUCGCUACGUGAGCUCGGUUGACUGCUUCCACCUGGAGGAGAAUGGCGAGCUGGAAAGCUACCGCGCCGAAAUGGAGCGAGUGCAGACCACCGCGAUGCAACUUGCAAUUGACAACCGGCAUUCCCAACAUUUGGGCCUUUUCUCCGUUGAUUGCCGACAUGUAAACACAAAGCUGCAUUCCGAGCUGGCUCAGUGGACGAUCCGUUUGCUUCAAGCCUUUGAGCAGCGAACUGGUCGCAUGAAUUCUGAGCUCCGACAGCAAUAUAAGGAAAUUGCUGCGCGACUGGCGAAGAAACCGCUGGACCUAUACGAGCUGGUAGAUUCAGAGGCGUUUGUGUAUUCCCUCAAGACGACAACGCUGCAAGAACUUCAGGAGAAAGGCAACACCAUCAAACAGCGUCUCCGAUUCUUGCUGUUUGAACGAGAGAGCAUGCACGUCGGCAGUAUUGCAAUCGAUUCCCCGCAGGACGUACCAGCCAGUGAUGACAAUGAUGCUUCAUCGACUUCCGUGGCAGGAUUUCGUCUCUCUGUAGACUUACUGUCGUCAACUGCGAAGACUGUGAAAUGGAGGAGCCAUAUCGAAAAGUUACUGAAAGAAGCAGAAGCACUGCUGGUAAAUGAGCGGGCAAGGAUCGAAGCCAUGUUUAUUGCAAAACGAUCACGAUUUCAGACGGAAAUUGACGAAUUUGAAGGAGAAGUCCGAGGGUUCGCGAAGAAGGGAGAUCUGCGGCACGCAGCUACGUACGUCGUCCAACUCGCGAAGAUGAAGGACAACAUGUACAUCUUCCGCCAGGCCAUGGAGACGAUUGUGAAGGAAGAACAAAAGCUGCAGUGGAAGCCUACCGACUUCAGCAAACUCGAUGACAUUGCCGAAGAGAUGGCGCCUUACGAGCAACUCUGGAAAACAGUGAGAGAGUUCCGCGAGAUGAACUCUAGAUGGCUACGUGGAAACGUCUUCGAGUUACCGGGGAAGGAAGGCCUGCUCACGUUACAGCAAAUGCUCUCGGUCGUUGCAAACGUGUCAAGCGUGCUGCUGUUGAAUUCCGCUGCGGCUGCGAUCACAGCGGAGACAGUACGGAAGCAGAUGACAGAUUUUAGGGGGAAUGUCCUGUUAAUUGUCGCGAUUCAAAACCCAGCCAUGAAGGAGCGGCACAUGAAAGCGGUGUCGGCGCUGAUUGGGCUUGAUUUCAUCGCCGACGAGACCAUUACGUUGUUGAAACUGCUCGAGAAUGGGGCAUUCGAAAUGGUCAACGAGAUAGUCGAUAUCAGCAGCAAUGCAACGCAAGAGCAACAAAUUGAGCGAGCUUUGAACGAAAUGGGGGACGAAUGGGACGCAACCAGCUUUGAGCUCGUACAUUCGAAGCAUCCUUUCUCUUCGGGUGCAGUGCUGGCCCCGUUCGUUUCUGCACAAGAUCUAGCGUCUGAAGCCUGGAAUGUCGUUCUCGAUAAACUAUGCGCCGAACGUAUUAUCUUUCUAAUGGAUGACCAUCUCCUGCGGCUGCAAACGCUAUCAUGUAUGGCUCAUGCCGGCCCUUUCACAGAGGCUAUCGCACAAUGGCAAGGGUUUCUAUCCGACACGGGCCAAAUUGUAGAGAUGCUCCAACUGAUCGAGCAAUUAUGGCGCAAACUGACACCGCUAUUUGCUGCGGGUAUCGUUGACGCAGAGUCGAAAGAGUCUCAAUUCUUUGCUCACGCAGCUCAGCUCUACCAUUCGAUUCACGCCACGAUUCUCUACCAGUCGGUUUGUAAGGCGUACUUCCCACGGGUAACGACGAUGAGAGACUUGGAUAUAGCGCAGCUUUCCCCGUCAACAACGCUGAUAUCAGAUUUGAAUCGAUGCCGAGAGCUUUUGGAGAGAGUGAAAGGAGGCGUUCGUGUGGGCUUUGAGACCAAACGAUCGAGUUUCGCUCGAUUUUAUUUCCUCUCAGAUGCUGAGCUUGUUACUGCCUUGGCCUUAGCCAGGGUUUCGGGAGAUGCCACACUUUGGAAAGCCCUUUCACGAUGUUUCCCAGGGAUCAGUGGUGUUCAAACCAAUGCAGCAAAUGAAAUCACAGCGUUACUCAGUGCUGCAGGUGAACCGUUCCCGCUCGGCUCUCCGAUUGUCACGAAUGAUACACCGAUGCCCGUGUGGUUAGCAAAAGUGGAGUCGUCCAUGUCGACUAUUCUGCACGCUUCCAUCCGGGCUGCUUGCAGUGAUCUUCCUCGGAAGGAAUUUCGCAAGUGGUGCUUGAUCUGGCCUGAACAAUCUCUUCUAGCCGCGGUGCACUACGUAUGGACACUCGAGUCGGAGCAAGCCUACCAGGAAGUUAACCAGCGGAAAUCCUGGACGGAGCUUACGGACAGUUUAUACAAAAACCUCGAUGCUGUCAGCAGAGAGAUUAAGGUAGCUGCGUACCCGCACGCAAAAGCUGCACUCGGAAACGUGAUACUCUUGUUGACGCAGUUACGUGACGUCAGUAGCGAAGUGCUUAGAGAAGUCGGAGGCAUGUGGAACGACGAGAAUGGUGGCAGCAUCCGCGAAAUGCGCCGUCAAAGCCAGCAAGUUGUUUUCCCGCGCCAUUCGCCUAGUUUAACGUGGAUUUCUCAGCCGCGGUUUUAUUUUAUCGACAGCGUGCUGAGUGUGACGGUGCUGUCGUCGUCGUAUUUACCCUACGGCCUGGAAUACUUGGGCAAUGGAUCGACCGGAAUUUUGGUGACCCCGUUGACACUGCGUUGCUAUCAUGCGAUUGCACAAGCGGCAAGUACGAUGAUUAAAGGCGUUUGCUUAGAGGGUGCUGCUGGAACUGGCAAGUCCACAAUUUGCCAUCAGUUUGCUCGGUUGUGUGGUCGACUGUACGUCACGUUCCAGUGCGCCAACCGGAAGCUCUCAUUCGACGCUCUGGCCAAUUUCAUCAAGGCUACAGCCUCAUCCGGAGCCUGGUUGUGUAUGGAUAAUUUGCAGCUCUUGGACCCGACGACUGUAUCCAUGGUGACAAUGCUGUGCUCACAAGUUCUGACGAGUCUAGCUGCAAGACGUGCCCAGUGUACCCUCGCUGGAGACAAAGUUCGGCUUCGAAGAGGGGCUAUGUUUUUCCUGACUUUAACUACGCGGUCUCUCAGCAUGACGGCUUCACACUGUGUACCACAAAACAAAGAUUUAAUCCCGGAUGCGCGGUUCUUCUUCCGAACCAUCAUCGUCCAAUCUCCAGACAUUGAAAUACUGGCUGAAUUCGAGCUUCAAAGUGGUCGAUUCGUGUAUGCUCCCGAAUUGGCCAAGCUAGUUAUUGUCGCGCUCACUGCGUAUGCACGGGGUUUCGAACUCAUCAACGAUCCAACGGCGAUGACGCAUGAAAUGACGGUCCUCGUGGAUAAUCUAGUGACUCUGCGCCAGGUUAAAAGUGUCGUGAAGCGUGCCACAGAGCUCAACAACCUUGAAAAAGAGCACCGUAGACGCACCCGAAAGAGCAUAUUGAUCACUCCCGACGAUGAGAGCGAGGAAGCGCCACCGAGUGGGGAAGUUGCAUCUAACGACACUAGCGCUGAAGCCAUCGCAAAGCGCGACGAAGAGCGGAUGGAGUAUCGAAACGUUAGUCAAGCGCUUCGUGAGCUGCUUGGCGCUCUUGUGCCGUCUGCAAAUCUUCAUCUAAUCGAUGCUACGAUUGAAGCGGGGUUUGUGCCACCAGUACGCACCGUCGUAGUAUGUCCUCGGGCACUCAAAACGGGCCAGUUGAUUGAUCCAGCAGCUGAUCAUCCUUCACACAGUGUCUUCUACAAGCUCCUCAAUGAGGCAAAGGCGCUCAACAAAGCAAUCAAGCGCACUCAAACGUGGUUUGUCUUUGACGGUGACCUGGAUGCAUUAUGGAGCGAACAAUUACUUUAUACAGUGGAAGAAAUGCCGGAUGAUACUCCAGGGUAUAAGCAAGGGCUGCACCUUUCGUCAGGGAAGCUCUUACUGAUCCCGGAAUAUGUUCGAGUUAUUAUGGAGACGACUACUCUUACGAAUGCGUCGCCAUCUUUUAUCUCUCGCGUUGGAGCCGUGCACGUAAAUACAGACCGUCGCAGCAGGACUGGAGAGUGCUGGGAAAAUGUGUACGGAAUUUGGAAAACGGUGCGCAGAUCAGGAUUUGAAGGGUAUGCCACUGCCAUAUUCGCUGCGCUGGACGCUCUUAUGGCUGAAACAGUCCCCGCUACACUAGCGUUUGUAAGCACGAAUUUCCAAAGCCCUAACAGCGGGGUGGAGCGAGUCCAGUGGAUGCUUGCGCUAUUCCAUAGCGCGCUAGUACAAUCGUGGAAAAAGUUUGGCUCUUUGACGAGCGAUCAGCAACGUCAUACUGCCGUCCACUGUCUGUUCUUGCAAGCACUUGUAUGGGGAGUUGGAAGCACGAUCAACACUGUCGAACGCCACAAGUUUCACUUGUUUCUCUACGAUUUGAUACUACACGGUCCUAAUAGCGAGCAAUCCUCACUCACGAGACUGGUUACGCUGUUCUUCCCGAGUGGAACAUUGAUAGGGAGCGUUUCAAGCAUUACUGUGGAGAGUGCUGAUGGAUCCGAUUCAACACCGGGCAAAAUUACUGCGCCAAGUGGUAAACAUGCACUGAAUGUGUAUAUCGACGACUUACACUGCUUCGAUUCCAGCCGCAGAAUGGACUCGGCUAUUGAACUGCUGCGCAUGCUCACAGAGUACCAUACAAUCGUUGACCCCAGCACGAAUUUAUUGACUCCAUGCCAACACUUUCUUCCGUUCGUGACACGGCAAAUUCCAACUCCAAGAACGCAACGUACCCCAACUGAAACCCAUGACCUCGAACGCCUCGUACGACGAUUUGUUCCGGUAACUUUGCUGCCCUUUUCGGAUUCAGAUCUGAGCAGCAUUUGUGAACGUUACCCAGCCUCUGUUACAGCACCAAGUGUGCCCCCGUCUACUUCAAAAGCGACAGCUACGACCGGAGGAUCAUCAACCGCAGCGAAAGAAGCCGAACAACUUCAGUCGAUUAUUAUUAAGGCAAGUCUGAGAUUGUUCCGGCUGCUGACUUCUAGUAACGACUUCACAGUCGUACAGAAGGACGCUGCGUUCAACCCUAUCAAGCUUCACUACAGCUUUCGUGCGGCUCAACUUUUCUUGAUCGUCAAAAACAUUUGCUGUGUCAUCCGCCCUACUUUGACACUAGCGGAGAAGCCGGCGCUUGCUCGGUUGUGGUGUCAUGAGAGCGCUCGGGCACUGGGUGAUGGUAUCAUAGACCCUAAGGAGAUGUCUUCAUUUCACCGACGCACACUUGAGAUUGCUUUGACGACUUUUGGUAUCACUGACGAUGCAUUCUGCCCUACACGCUCCGAGGUAGCAGGAGUUCAGACCCAAACUACCCAGGAUUGGUUUGCAAAUGACCUGCACUAUUCUUUUAUUAGCGAGACUGCUAGUGCAAGUGGAGGCAAUCGCAACGGCUACCAUGAGGUGAACGAGAUCUCCAAAGUCGAAGCAGUUAUCGAACGGAGUAUGAUGACGAUGUAUCGUGGUGAUACUGGCAAAUCCGAAGCAGCAGGUACUUCGGAAGCUCUUGAGGUUAUUCUGUGCUCGUUCGUCGUUAAACAUGUUCUACGAAUGAGUCGAUUGCUACGAAUGGAUAGGAAAGCCGUCUUGUUACUGGGAGCACGUGGAAGGAAGCUCGUGACGAUUACUCGAUUGGCGUGUUUUAUUUGCAAAAAGUCCUCCGUGGUGUACAACAUUCCAGAGCAAGACAUGUCGGGAUCCCAAUGUAACGAUGAAAUCACUCAUGCGAGCGACUGGAUUGCAGCAUUUCGGGCUGCCAUGUUGAAAAGCGUUCAUUCCCGAGAUGGUUCCGUCGUGUUUAUUGUGAAGGAUGCUCAUUUAGACCCUGAUUCGUAUCCAUAUCGAGUUCUUGACCAAUUUCUUGGAGGUAAUAGCGCCAUACCUGACGUCGUCGCGUACGAAGAUCUUGAUGACGAAAUAAUCGCAAUUUUGCGUGAAAAAGCCGACCGAGAAAGGAAAUCGAUUCCGCCAAGUCGAGAAGGCAGUCACCAAUCAGCAUCGACACAUCACCAGGCAUCAUCGGUACUUCGCUCAAAGAGCACUAUAUUGGGAUAUUUCUUCCACCACGUGCGGCAGCACCUCCAAGUCGUGCUUGUGUUUUCCCCCCGACCAAGCGCAUUAGCUGAAACCAGCUCCUCAAAUUUCAGCUGGGCUUCCAUUCUGUGGCGCUAUCCCAAUAUUUUGAAAUGCUGCGACAUAAAUUACGUUGGAGCAUGGUCUUCCGAUGGUUUGGUAGCAAUUGCACAAAAGUGUCUAUCUCACUCGUCGUUGGUAUCGGAUAAACAAGUUUCCGCUCAACUCGCUGAGGCUGCGGCUCAAGUGUACCUGGACGUAAGUAUACUUGUGGAUCAUGUCCUCUUGUUUGCUGCACAUUACGAUCGGCUAGAGCAAGCGGUCCCGGUGAAUUUAGCGCGGUAUAAAACUGGACUGGAAUUUAUUGACAAGACUGCGCGGAUUUUGAAAGCGGAGCAGGCUCAAGCCGAACAGCUGCUCCCCGAACUAAAGUACAAGACCGAAGUUAGGCGCAGGAUGUCAGGUAGUUUGGAAAAAGAUAAAAUUACGACGGAAAAGUUGACGAAGGCACUCGAGCUAGCUUCCACCAUGGUGGUUUCUCAACGUGAGCGACUUGCUACGGUCACGAAGGAGUACCAAGACCUGAUAAAGGAUUCAAGGGACAUAUUUGAUGAAAUGAAGGGCACCCUACAAGUAUUCAAUGAAGCUGAAGGUAUCGCUGAUGUCGUUGAGACAAAGCCUGAAAUUGAUGCUGGAAUGGGAGCUAGACGCCGACUGCGGAGACUUGUGCACAAAUUUGCGGCGAUGGACCACAUACCCUCCUCAAUUUACCAGCUAUCGGAGUGUCUUGGCGUAAUUCUUGGUAUCGAUCCAGUCGAAGGGCGUGAUGAAAUGGACCCAGACGAAAUCAUCAUGAACUAUUGGGAGAACGUCGCAAUAGAAUUGAAGAAGGCGACGUUCUGGGAAAGGCUGAUGACCUUCGAUGUUACUAGCCAGGUCUCCGAGAAAAUGGUCAGCACCUUGCUCCCGAUCUGCAGGUCACCCGACUUCGACAAGGCCUUGUUUGGGUCGGUGCACGAGGUAGCUGGAGUCUUGUGCGAGUGGGUUCAAAAGUGCACGAACUUUGCCCGGGACUUUAUUCUAGCCGAGCCGAAGCACGCGCAACUGCUACGUGAACAGGAAUUAUUAAAGCAAGCCGAAGCUCAAGUUGUUAAAAGCAAGAUGGACGUCCUGGACCAAACUCAUUCUUCUCGACAGACGAACGAAAUGCGGGAUUUGUCGGAGGUUGAGCGGCAGCGAGCAGAUGAAAAGCUGCAAGACUCGACAUCGCUACUUCAUAUCACGAACACCGCGUGGAAAGUACUGUCCUUCACUCGAGCUAAAUGGCAGCGACUGCAUGAUUUGUACUUCGAACUAUCUAAACACUGGAAAGGAGACUUGUUGCUGGCAACAGCGACAGUAGCGUACGCCUCCGUCUUGCCGCAAGCGCUACACGUGGAUCUGGCCAAAAUGUUCUUGAACGGAUUACCAGCGAACGAUGAUAGUGCACUGGAGAAUGCAGUCAUAGCCUUGCACAGCUAUCGCUUACCUCUGCUGAUUGACCCGUACGGUGUUGCUACAGACUGGCUGAAAAAGCAUCUCAGCUCUCAAAAUCUGAAUGUUGUUUCGGCAAACAACACCACUACAGACGCAGUACUCUGGAAAGCCGUCGAGACGAGCAUUAAGCAUGAGUCCGCUUUGAUCCUCACGGGUAUAUGCAAGGAGCGCCUGCAUGGCUUACACUCGUUUAUUGGCGCGAAACGACGAGCUCUUUUUGACGCCGUGAACCAUGACAUUAGCGCAGGUAGUCACGAUAGCGGUGUUUAUCGCUGUUGGUGUCAUAUUCCGGUGGAAGUCGCCUCGAAUCUAGCCACUGAUAGAACCCCAAGCGGACCAGGGAGACCAAAACUGAACUCACCUCCAGUAGACGCUCCGUUGCUCGAGUUUGGCAGCGAUGCCUGUAGGAUUUUCUUUAUCUACACAGACACGAAUGAGCCCCCGAGCUGGAUGUCCCAGUACUUUAACCACCUCACAGUGAUCCAGGUCGAGAUGACUGCACCUUUCGUGGAAUCGCAAGCUCUUCAAAAGCUCCUGGAAUCCCAAGGUCGACUUCGGGAGCUGACUGAAAUUCGAACCCUGCAGCAAGACAUGGUAGUUUGCGACGAGCAAAUUGUUGUACUCGAAGACGAGCUACUGGAAUUCUUUAGCAUGGAGCAAGCUGAUGAGGUUUACGCGGACAACUCGAAAGCUCUUCGAAUUGUGGCAAACCGAAGCGCAAUACACACUCUCGAUAACACAAAAGCCGAGGCAAAUACGAAAGUUCAAGCUCACUGGCGCAGUUUAGCAACUUAUGUUGCUGUUUCAAGGAGGUGCUUAGAUGCGGUCUGGGCCUGGCGAGAGUUUGAUACCGUGCGAAACAAUGAUAAUGCGGAGAGGAUGUUCACGCUGUCGUGGAUAUGGCAGCUGUUGAUUCGCGCGGGUGAAGUUAGCAGUAGAAGCAACAACAAUUUGGAGGUGGUCAUGGCUUGUUUUACUAGCUAUCUCCAGCAGUGUAUCGUUAUGAACCUCCGAGAUGAGGAUCGCCUCCUUUUCCACUUUUUGUUGGCAUUUCGAAUUUGGCAACGCCGUAUGGAAGAAGCAAACGGCCCUAUGGAAUGCAACAGCUACGAUGCCUGCAGACCUACAUUAAAAAGUCUGCUUUCGAUGCGUCCUGCAGGUAUGAAAGCUACAGCUUGGUCGGCAGUUUGCUAUUUAGCAGAAGCUUCUGGAGAUCUUCGGCAAUUUAUCUCCAGGAUGGAGAGCUUGGAAGAUGGACAGAUUGCGUGGAAGGCACUACUCGAGCUUGGAACAAGAAGCUCGAAUGAUUGGCCAGUGCCGGUACCUCUGGAUGACUUUUCACGAUUAUGCAUUGUCACUGCUGUCUACCCCCAUCGAUUCAUGUGCGAAAUUGAAGACUUCGCUCGACGAGAGUUACAGCGGAUGCAUACUACACCCGUAUCGUUCACGCAUCCUUGUUCGUUAAUUCCAGAGAUGAAUACGCCGUCUCUUCCCACCGUAGUUGCAGCUGCAGCGCACACUGCAAUGGCGCAAGCUCCGGAUAGGCAUCGUGACCUUUUCUUCAUGUGGCAAUCAUUCUCCAACUCGAAAGUUCCGCUAGUUGUGUUUUGCCCACCAAGCAUUGAUUUUGUAGAUGCAGUAGCCAAUGUGGCAAGAAGAGCUGGGGCUACGAUGGAUACGACGGACUCAAUUCAGCUACUGCUGGCUGACCAAGAAACGUUCAAAACGUUGUUGCUACAAGCCAUGGAGAAGGGACAGUGGGUUGUUCUACCGAACCUCGAGGUUUGCCAUGACCGGUUUUCCCUGUUGAGUAGCAUAUACGAUUCUCUCGAAGACGGGCGCGCUCACUCUGACUUUCGCUUGUGGAUAUCGAUCACAAGUCAGGAUAUCAACGACCAUGAUAUGCGGUAUGCCAGUUUUGAUAGUAUGCGCAUCAGUCGGAUCGCCACGAAAAGAGAAUGGGGGACUGGAGCACUAUCGCUGAAGCGAUGUUUACACCACACGUUUGCUGUUCUGAAGCAUGAACUAGAGACAUUUGAAUUCGCCAGCACCAAUGCAGUCAAUUCUACCGCAACAACUACAGGACCGUCAAUAAUAAGUGAGUACGAAGAGCAACGCAUAAAGCAGUUGGGGGUAUUUCACGCACUAGUUACU